CUCACAUACUUGAUAUUCCUGAAGGAGACAAUGAAUCGUUAAGUAAAAGUUAAAUUAUGUUCCAUACAUGCUGCUAAAAAGUCACGUAAGUAUGUAAUUAGCAAGAUUUUUACUAGCAGGUAGAUAUAAAAAUUUGGCCUUUAACACCAAUCUGAGAAAUUGAAGUCACAGAAAGCCUUUCUAUUCAGAAAACCUGGAUAUAUAACAGGUGUUGUUAUAUAUUAUAUAUGUGUGUUGUUAUAUAUUAAUGAUACAGUGUAUUUGUUUUAGGGUCUUUCCUAUCCUCUUUCCAAAAGAAAACCCUCCAGUCAGGUGAGUGGUUUCCACUUGGGUCCAAGACUGCUAGGUUUGGAACUGGAAUAGGACAGAGAAUGGAGGUCAGGGAGGACUCAGGUCCUGGGAAUGGAUGGGAGUUUGGAGAUGAUGAGAAGACGGGGAUCAGAAGAACAGGACAACCAGACUUUCACAUUUCUCUCUCCUCUUUCUGUAGUGUGUGGACGACCUGUACACUCAGGCCGUGUUGUGGGUGGCAAGGAUGCUGCUGCCAUGCGCUGGCCUUGGCAGGUCAGCCUGAAGUUCUCCAACUUCCACGUCUGUGGGGGCUCCCUCAUCAGUGACAGGUGGAUAGUCACAGCAGCACACUGCUUACAAAUGACAUGGAUUCCUUUCUUAUACACCGUGUGGCUGGGGUCAAUUGACAUCAACAAUCUAGGCGAAGGCGUGACACAUCAUGUGAGCCGAAUGGUCAUCCAUCCCACAUACAAUAAUGCCAGUGGAGACAUUGCCCUGUUGCGGUUGUUCACUAGAGUCACCUACAGUUCUUCCAUCCUGCCCAUUUGCUUGUCCAAUGUCAAAAAAAAGCAGUUGAUAGUUCCAGGCUCUUGCUGGGUGACUGGAUGGGGAAAACUGCGAGAAGGAGAUGCCGAUAACCCUACCACGCUCCAGGAAGCAGAAGUACCCAUCAUUGAACACCAGAUAUGUGAAAAUAUCUACAACCCACUGGCCUCCUUCUUGCCGCAAGCACAGCCAGUCAUCGAGGAAUCCAUGGUGUGUGCCGGUGAUCUUAACAAAGGGAAGGAUACCUGCCAGGUUAGGGUUUGCUCUUGAAAAUUUUAAUUUUAACAUGACAUCUUAAUUUGGAUCCAGGUUUGC